CACCACGGGUACAUGGCAUCGUAAACCCUAAAUCCGAAGCGGACUCGAGGUGGGGUAUGUAGGCCGAGCUCAAGCUCACCUUCUGCCUCUUCUUCGCACUCCGACUCGCUCCUUGCGAGCUCCAAUACUCGCAUUUCGUCAUGGUGAAGUACGCGAGGGACCCGGAUAAUUCGACCAAGGCCUGUAAGGCCAGGGGAUCGGAUUUGCGUGUGCAUUUUAAGAACACUAGAGAGGCAGCGCAAGCCAUCAAGCAUAUGGAGUUGGCUAAGGCCAAGAGAUAUCUUGAGGACGUGUGCGCUCACAAGCAAGCUGUUCCUUUCCGUAGAUUUUGUGGUGGUGUUGGACGUACUGCUCAGGCCAAGGCACGCCACUCCAAUGGACAGGGGCGCUGGCCAGUGAAGUCAGCGACAUUCUUGUUGGGUUUGUUGAAGAAUGCAGAGAGCAAUGCAGAGGUGAAGGGUCUCGAUGUGGACACUCUUGUUGUAUCACACAUUCAAGUCAACCAGGCGCAGAAGCAGCGAAGACGUACUUACCGUGCCCACGGGCGUAUCAACCCUUACAUGUCCUCUCCCUGCCACAUUGAGCUCAUUCUUUCUGAGAAGGAGGCGCCAGUUGCGAAAGCGGUAGAGGUUUCUGAACCCAAGACGCGCAGGAAGGAUCAAGGACGCCUUCGAAGUGGCACCACUUCUGCCACUGCUUAGGUUGGUCAGUGUCAUUGCACAUACAAUAGACAUGUUUUUCGGGGUGAUACAAUCUAAUGAAUUGUGAACAGACUUGUGUCAUAAGCGUGCUUAUGAUAUCCUUGCAUCAAUUCAUUCGAAGCUACUGUCAGCAUCGAUCAAGUUGUUUGGUUACAAUUUUUCCGUUAUAACAUGCUUGGCUAUUGAAAAUUCUCUUA